UCGUAGAGAACAGGCCAAACAGUAGGACAGGAGCCCCAGAAGGCCCGAGAGGAUCACUGGAGGAGAAGACCUGUAAGUAGGUGUUGGUUAGACUCUCCAUGGUUCAUGUCUCAGCUGAGUCUGCUCUCACGCUCCCUCUCUUCCCAGGCCUGUGGUUCCCCAUCACCCAGAUCCUUCCCACAGUGCUGCCUGCUGACCUGACCAGAGUUACCAUGCCUCUUGGGCAAAGGAGUCAGCACUGUAAGCCCGAGGAAGGUCUUCAGGCCCAAGAAGAAGCCCCCGGCCUGGUGGGUGCACAGGCUCUCCCAGUUGAGGAGCAGGAGGCUGCCUCCUUGUCCUCUACUCUGAAUGCAGGCACUCUAGAGGAGGUGCCUGUGGCUGAGUCACCGAGUCCUCCCCAGAGUCCUCAGGCAGCUUCCUCCUCCCCCACUGCCAUAGACUCCAUUGGAUGGAGCCUACUUGAUGAGGGCUCCAGCAGCCAAGAAGAGGAGGGGCCAAGUACCUUGCCUGACAUGGAAGACCCUGAGUCCUUUCUCCACGAUAUGCUAGAUGAGAAGAUGGCUGAGUUGGUUCAUUUACUACUCCACAAGUAUCGAGUCAAGGAGCCGAUCACAAAGGCAGAAAUGCUGGAGCGGGUCAUCAAAAAUUACGAGGAAUACUUUCCUGAGAUAUUUCGGGAAACCUCUGAAUGCAUGCAGCUGCUUUUUGGCAUUGACGUGAAGGAAGUGGACCCCAUUAGCCACUCCUACAUCCUUGUUACCUCUCUCGGCCUCUCCUAUGAUGGCAUACUGGGUGAUUAGCAGAGCAUGCCCAAGUCUGGCCUCCUGAUAUUAGUCGUGGGCAUAAUCUUCAUGGAGGGCAACUGUGUCCCUGAAGAGGCUAUGUGGGAAGUGCUGAGUGAUAUGGAGGUGUAUGCUGGGAGGGAGCACUUCCUAUUUGGGGAGCCCAAGAAGCUCCUCACCCAAGACUGGGUGGAGGAAAACUACCUGGUGUACCAGCAGGUGCCCGGCAGCAAUCCCACAUGCUAUGAGUUCCUGUGGGGUCCAAGGGCCCACGCCGAGACCAGCAAGAUGAAAGUUCUUGAGUAUAUAGCCAAUGCCAAUGGGAGGGACCCCACUUCUUACCCAUCCCUUUAUGAAGAGGCUUUGAGAGUGGUGGGAGAGGGAGUCUGAGCAAGAAAUGCAACCAGGGCCAGUGGGCAGGGAACUGGGCCAAUGCAUGCUUCAGGGCCACAUCCAGCGGCUUCCCUGCCCUGUGUGAAAUCAGGCCCAUUCUUCCCUCUGUGUUUGAUGAGAGAAGUCAAUGUUCUCAGUAGCGGAGGGCACAGUGGAUGGAGGGGAAUACAUUGUAUACUGUCUUUAGGUUUCUCUUUCAUCGGGUGACUUGGAGAUUUCUUUCUGUUUCCUUUUGUUAACUUUCAAAUAUUGUUCCUGUAAUAAAAGAUUUAAUUAGUUUCAACACCUAAGUGUAUGGAUGACACUGAUCACAUGCGUAGGUUUGCUUAUCCACUUCAAGUGUAAGAGUUUGCCAUUUUGUAAAAUAUUUUGGGAAACCUUCCAUCUUGCUGCGAUUUGGAAUAAGAUACCACAACAAUGGAACAGGCAUUUUCUUGGAGAAUGUAAGAACUUAGCAAUAAAAUUGAACUGGUGUUAUGGAACAGAGAAAUAAA